AUGUGGGUGUUCUACAUGAUAUCGCUGCCGCUGACGGUGGGGAUGGUGGCGGCGACGCUGCGCUACUUCGCGGGCCCCGCCGUGCCGGCCCACGUCCUCGCCGUCGUCGGCUACGCGUGGCUCUGCUCCCUCUCCUUCGUCGUCCUCGUCCCGACCGACAUCUGGACGGCAAUUUCUGGCAAUGGCAGCAAUCAGAAGAGUGACGUUGGAUUCUUUUGGAGCUGGUCGUAUUGGAGUACAUUUAUCCUAGCAUAUAAAUUGGAUCCUUUGAGACGUCCGAUUACCCUGCAUUCUACAAGUAGUACUAUUCGUGGACGAUAUUUGUGGUCUAUUGUUCCCACUCUUCAGGGCUAUGAAGAUUCUGGAGAUUUCACGUUCAGAGAAAGACUGAAAACUAGCAUUCACAAGAACAUGACCUAUUAUGCAAUUGUUGGAGCUAUCGGCCUUUUUGGACUCAUUCUAAUUAUAAUAAUGCGCCAUGAUUGGGUCCGUGGUAUCUUGGGCUUUUCCAUGGCAUGCUCAAAUACCUUUGGCUUAGUGACAGGUGCCUUCCUGCUUGGUUUUGGAUUGAGCGAAAUUCCAAGGAAUGUAUGGCGAAGUGCUGAUUGGACUCGCCGCCUACAAUUUUUAUCUCACAGAGUUUCGAAGAUGGCUACAAAGCUUGAUCAUGCCCACCAAGAAUAUUGCAAUGCAAUAUUUGUUGUUCAAGCCACCUCGAAUCAAAUGUCCAAGCGUGACCCAUUAAGACCUUGCAUGGAUAUUAUCAAUAAUAUGCUGACUCAAAUGCUGCAAGAUGAUCCAUUAUUCAAGCCUUCUGGUGGGAAAUUAGCAGAACAUGAUAUGGACUAUGACACUGAUAAUAAAACAAUGGCUACACUCCGACGUCAACUUAGGAAAGCCCACGAAGAGUAUUAUAGACGUAAAAGUGAUUAUAUGACUUGUGUUGUGGAAGCCCUUGAACUAGAAGACACUAUUAGAAACUAUGAGCAACGUUAUGCUAGCGGAUGGAAAUAUCUGUCAAGUUUCAGGGAAAAUCGAUCAGGCACACUGGGUUCUUUCCUUGACUCCACAGAAUUCAUUUGGCGCUGUUUACUGAGAAAGCAACUUAUGAGAGUACUUGCUGUUAUCCUUGGAUGUGUCUCGGCUUCCAUACUGUUGGCUGAGGCCACUUUGCUGCCAAGUGAUGUUGAUCUGUCACUUUUCUCCAAUCUUAUAAAUGCUGUAGGAAAGCAAGAAGUUCUAGUCCAGGUUGCUGCAUUUGUUCCCUUGAUGUAUAUGUGCAUCUGCACAUACUAUUCACUGAUUAGGAUAGGGAUGAUGCUGUUAUAUUCGUUGACCCCAGGACAAACUAGUUCAGUCAGCUUGCUUAUGAUCUGCUCAAUGGUCGCAAGAUAUGCACCGCCCAUUUCUUACAACUUCCUGAAUCUCAUUCACCUUGGUGGUAAUGCUAAAACUACUUUUGAAAAGAGAAUGGGAAACAUUGAUGACGUUGUACCUUUCUUUGGGAGAACCUUCAACAAAAUCUACCCACUUAUUAUGGUUGUUUAUACUUUAUUGGUCGCCGGAAAUUUCUUCGAGCAUCUGAUAGACUUUUUUGGGAGCUUGAAAAGGUUCAAGUGCUGGACUGACCAAGAAGAAGAUAUGGAUGGGUUGGAUCCAUCUGGAGUAUUUAUUCUUCAGAAAGAGAGAAACUCAUUGGAACAAGGACGCAAAGUCAGUGAGCAUGCAACUCCACUAGCAAGAAAUUUCAGCUGUUUAGGCAAAGACGUCGAAUCUGGAAACUUACCACAGGGUGAGGAUACAGUGGAGACGAAGCCGGAACGAACCGCCCAGCCGAAACACAGCGGCGAUGUUGCUCACAGAUAUUCUUCAGUCAGGGAACAGUGCAGCAGUCCGAAACCAGUGGAGCAAGUUCAGAAGGAAAAUUCACCGGCCUCCAUUAAGCUAGACACCGGAAAUUCUGUAGAGCUGGCUCCAGAUUCACCGGCUGACACGGCCUCAAGGUGGGCCUCAAUGAAGAUGGGUCUUCAGAACUUCAGAGCAAGCAUGGGCUCCAAGAAGUUCCUCCGUUUGAGCCUGUCUCCUAGGGCCGGGACGAAUGAAUCUGCUACGGAAACGCUCGAUGAGAUCUUCCGGAAACUGAAACGGCAUUCGAGCAACGCGGAUGCGGAUCACCUCGACGACGAUGGAUUACCUUGA